AUGGGCUCCCUCGGCUCUGAUGCAAAGCUACCAUGGAUCCGGACACCGUGCCUCUUGAAUCCUCAACUGUCCCGCGUGGCAGGCUGCAAUGUGUACCUCAAGCUUGAGAAUCUUCAACCCUCAGGCUCUUUCAAGUCCCGCGGCAUUGGCAACCUUAUGACCCAAGCGGCUGGUGCUGCCACUGGCCCGGUCCACUUCUACUGCUCAUCUGGCGGCAACGCUGGUCUGGCAUGUGCAACUUCUGCCCUCUCUCUGGGUCAAAAGGCGACUAUCGUGAUUCCUACCAUCAUUACUGAGCUCAUGAAGGGCAAGCUUCUCGACCUUGGGGUGGAAGUACACCAAAAAGGCAGGAAUUGGGCCGAGUGUGAUAAGUACAUGCGUGAGGAGCUAUUGGCAAACGAUCCCACGGGCAUAUAUGUCCCACCUUUCGACGAUCCUCGGGUUUGGGAUGGUGCAGCAACCAUGGUCGAUGAGAUCCGAGAUCAACUUGAAGAGCCCGUCGAAGGGAUUGUCUGUAGUGUCGGAGGCGGCGGUUUGAUCAAUGGCCUGAUGCAAGGUGUUGAGGGCCGUCCCUGGCAAGACAAGAAACCAGCUGUUGUGGCCGUCGAAACGAAGGGAGCAGACAGCCUCAAUGCAAGCGUCCUUGCCAAAGAACACGUAACACUCCCUGAGAUGACCUCGAUCGCAACGUCUCUGGGCGCCACCAGAGUGUCAGAGCAGACUUGGAAAUGGAGCCAGCAUUCUUCGGGCACCAUGAAGAGCCUCGUUGUAUCUGAUGCGGAUGCUGCCAUUAGUGCCGUGCGCUUCGCUGACGAUGGGCGGCAUUUGGUUGAAGUCGCUUGCGGUGCUGCCCUGGCCCCCGCUUAUCGUGGGGAUUUGAGAAGAGUGCUUGGACAGGGCAUGUCCGACGAGGAAUGGGGUGAGAAGAACGUGGUGAUCGUGCUUUGUGGUGGCUCGAAUGUUACUCUGGGCAUGCUCAAUGAGUAUCGGGAUAAGUAUAAAGGGGAAUCCUCGAUCAAGAUCUGA